AGUUGAGAGGCUGUUGUGUCAUGCCACAACCUGUUUAUUUACUGUACAGAUCAGCUGUUAGACACACAGACACACAGACACACACUCACACACCAGCACCAUUGGCACUACCAGGAUGGCACUAUCAGAGUGGACACUCAUCUUCCAGAAUGAAGCAGAAAAUCUCUUGCAUGGAGACUCCUGGGAUCUGGAGUUUGAUUCCUCAAUUGUACCCGAGCAACCCCAGUAUGGAUGGCAGCAAUACAUCAGGAACACAAGUGCAAGGUUUGAGUGCACUGAGUGUCCAAGAGGCUGGCCUUCCAACCGAGUGAUGGUGGUCUUCCACAUGCGCCUGAUGGACGGGAAGGGCAUUGUCAAAGUGAGGCGCUUCCGUCAGAACUGCAAGAAUUGCAUUGCAGCCCCAAUGGUAGAUCCCAGUAUCCCUCCAGAGAACAUCAUCAUCCUCAUGAGGAAUCUGGUGAAGAAGAUUAGAAUCAAGUGCUACUAUGAAAAGCUGGAUCAAGGCCACCAUAAUCAUCACAAGAUGGAUGUCAAGAGUCCUCAUGAGCCUGAACAUUGUGAGGGAUGUAUUAAUGGCGUGUGUACAAGAGAUUGAGCUGAGCUUUCUGAUUCUUCAGUUUGUUUGUUUUUUUUGUGUUUUAUGCUCAUACUUCGACUCUUAUUGACAAAAGCAACAGUUUUCCCAGCUGAUGACCCGCUUCACUGUAAUGCUUUCUCUAACCACAUAGCUUCUUUUUUCUUCAUAAUUUCUUUAUAAUACUAAUCAAAAUGUAAUGGUGAUGUAUGUGCUGUCAGCUGAUUAAACAUAUCUCCAAGGAAAAA